AAUAGAUCACCAGAGCGGCUGCUCCCUGCUUGAUUAAGACAAAUGCCUAACAACGUGCAUAGCCGCCUCAGCAUUUUGUUAGCUGAAGUGGUUUAUAAAUUAUCUCCAUAUUCUCCAUAUAGACUUUUGUAGUUCGUUCGUUUCUAAUAAUCUAAACAACACACAGAGAAAAAAAUAUAUAUAUUUAAAAAAAAAAAAAAAUACAGAAAGAAAUACAAACAACAUUCACGUGUGUGUGUGUGUGUGCGUGUAUACAGAGAGAUGCUUUGGCCGGAUGGUUGAACGGCACGGCACGCCACGGAACGGAGCGGAGCGGAGGCGCCGUAAACAGCAACGUGUGAAAUGAGCCGAACAACUGCUUCGACGCUUGAGACUUGCGGCCCGCUGCUCAAUUGGAAACGUGCGCUAGACGCGUGCAGUGCUCAUCGUGCGCCAUUGUAACGAUACAGAUCUUUUGCCGAGGAGCAGCAGCAGCAGCAGCAGCAUCAUCAUCAUGCAUCCUGCAUCGCCGCAUCAGCAUCGAUCGCGUCUCAAUCCGCCCGGAACAGUCGCCGGCCAGACCUCGCUUGCCCCACAGCAGCAGCAGCAACAACAACAGCAGCAGCACACGGUUCAGAUCAGCUCCAGCACCCAUCCCUAUCAGGGACUGAAAACCUCUGAAAAUGAGGAGAUGGGCUGCGUGGAGCUGCUGGCCACGGCAAUAUCGGUGCUGAUCAUGGUGCUGACGUUUCCCUUCUCGGUCUUCAUUUGCUUCAAGGUGGUCUCCGAGUACGAGCGUGCGGUCAUCUUUCGCAUGGGCCGACUGCGCAGCGGCGGGGCGCGCGGCCCGGGCGUCUUCUUUGUGCUGCCCUGCGUGGAUGACUACUAUCCGGUGGAUCUGCGCACCGUCUCGUUCGAUGUGCCGCCGCAGGAGGUGCUCUCUAAGGACUCGGUGACGGUGACAGUUGAUGCAGUGGUCUACUAUCGCAUCAGUGAUCCACUGAAGGCCGUUAUUCAGGUAUCAAACUACAGCCACUCCACACGCCUCUUGGCUGCCACAACGCUGCGCAACGUGCUGGGCACUCGCAACCUGUCGGAGCUGCUCACUGAGCGCGAGACCAUUUCGCAUACGAUGCAAAUGUCCCUGGACGAAGCGACCGACCCUUGGGGCGUCAAGGUGGAACGAGUGGAAAUCAAGGAUGUCUCGCUGCCAACGGCACUGCAACGCGCCAUGGCCGCCGAGGCGGAGGCUGCGCGUGAGGCACGCGCCAAGGUGAUUGCCGCCGAGGGUGAGAUGAAAUCGUCGCGUGCACUCAAAGAAGCCUCCGAGAUCAUAUCGUCGAGUCCAUCGGCUCUGCAGCUGCGCUACUUGCAGACGCUGAGCAGCAUCUCGGCGGAGAAGAACUCGACCAUCAUUUUCCCCCUGCCCAUAGAGCUGCUCACACCAUUUCUGAACUCGUCCGCCCAGCAUGCGGCCAACUUGCAUGCGACGCCAUCGCCCCUGCACAGGCACCAGCACCAGCACCAUCAGUGACGCUCGAUGUCGGUGCUGCAGCCGUACCUGGAGGCGCUGGGUCGCUGCGAGCUGCGCCGGCAAAUUGCGGGCAACGAUAACGUGGAGGACGAUGACGAUAUCGUUGGCUACUUGCUGUGAGAGAAGCAAGAGGGGGAGAGAAAGAGAGAGAGAGAGCAGAGAGAGAGCCAAUCGGUGCUUUAUAGUGAACUCAAUUCUGUGCCUAAGCACAUCCACUUGCUGUUCUUCAAUUUACUUACUUUAAGUAAAAAUCAUUUGAACUAAU